AUGCCCGAGACAGUGAAGGCUGCGAUGCACGAACAGAUGGAGAAGUCACCUUUCAUCUACGGUGGAAUGGGUCUCGUCGAGGUGCGCGUGCGUUUGGCUGCGCUCUUGGCCGACCUGGCGCCGGGUGACCUCAACGGUUUCCUUUUCCCGUCUUCGGGUGGAGAGGCGAACGACUGCGCCAUUCGAUUGGCACGGCUCUACACAGGCAAGACGAAGAUAUUCAACCAGUACCGCUCGUACCAUGGUGGCUCGCUUGGACCCCUUGGCGCGACAGGUGACUUCCGCCGGCACUUCGCUGGAGACUCUGCUACUGGAUUUGUCAAGAUGCUUCCCGGAUCAAGUUUGCGAUGUGGGGUUCUGGGUCGGUAUGUGAGGUCAAGGGCACCCUGUAGGAGUUCGGACUCAGGGUGUGGCCCUAUCGAACCGAAUGCGACGCUCCAAAGCCAACCGGCAAUGCUCCAGCAAAGGUUCACCAAGAAAGUGUAUUCGGUUCGGGGGUCUCGGGUUCUGGGAAUUGCUGUGCUGACGUGGGUUGAUCGUGCAAAAUUGCCAAAUGAGUAUCCUACAUGUCGGCAUCUAACCCCAACUAGGAAUCGCAUGCCUUAA